AUGUGUAUUUCAUAUGACCCUGAGAACACUGAAACGCUAUUUGCAAAUUACGCCUCAAGGGCGGUGACAGAUCCGCGCGAUGGCCGGCGUGUGGCGCUGAAGAAGCUACCCAACGUGUUUCAGUCGCUCGUCUCCUCCAAGCGCGUAUUCCGCGAGCUCAAGAUGCUCUGCUUCUUCAAACACGAAAACGUACUAUCGGCACUUGAUAUCUUGCAGCCGCCUAGCCUCGAUUUUUUCCAAGAAAUAUACGUAAUUACGGAGCUCCUGCAAAGCGACCUGCACAAGAUCAUCGUGUCGCCGCAACAUCUCUCCGCCGACCACAUCAAAGUCUUCCUCUACCAGAUACUCAGAGGUCUUAAAUAUUUGCACUCGGCACGCAUCUUGCACCGCGACAUCAAGCCGGGCAAUCUCCUCGUGAACAGCAACUGUGUGCUCAAGAUCUGUGACUUCGGGCUGGCGCGUGUCGAGGAACCUGACUCCACUAAAAACAUGACUCAGGAGGUCGUCACACAGUACUACAGAGCACCGGAGAUAUUGAUGGGAGCCAAUCACUACACAGCCGCUGUCGAUGUGUGGUCCGUCGGUUGCAUAUUCGGGGAACUUCUCGGCAGGCGCAUCCUAUUUCAAGCACAGAGCCCUGUGCAGCAGCUGGAACUAAUAACGGAGCUGUUGGGAACGCCGUCACUCGAAGACAUGCGACAUGCGUGUGCAGGUGCACGAGCCCACAUGUUGCGUCGCGCGCCGCGCCCGCCCGCGCUCGCCGCACUCUAUACGCUCUCCGUGCAGGCCACGCACGAGGCCGUGCACCUACUCGCACAGAUGCUGGUGUUCGACCCCACGAAGCGCAUCUCGGUGGUGGACGCGCUGGCGCACCCGUACCUGGAGGAGGGGCGGCUGCGCUACCACUCGUGCAUGUGCAAGUGCUGCUACAGCGCGCCGCCCGCCGCGCGCCACUACUCUCCCGACCUGGAGCCCGUGGCGCCGCAUCCCUUCCACGACGCCUGGGAGCGCAAGCUCACCACCGUCCACCAGGUCAAAGAGGAGAUUCACAAGUUCAUAGCCGAGCAACUUCAGACGUCGCGGGUUCCACUCUGCAUCAAUCCGCAAUCCGCGGCGUUCAAGAGCUUCGCAAGCUCGACGGUGGCGCACCCGUCCGAACUGCCGCCGUCCCCGCACCAGUGGGAAUGA